GAGGUUGGGGGAAACCCCAGGACAUGUUGGCAGGGGGACAAUGACAGUGCUGGGGUGACAACUCUCGCGGGCGAGUGCAGAAUUUGGGAUGCCCUGCAGGACUGUAGGGAUUCAUUUUAGGGGGUGUCCAGGAUUUGAGGGGGCGUGGCUUUCAGGAUUGAGGGUGUUCUGAAUUUUUUGGGCACAGGGUGGUGUCAAACUAUAUGGGGGUCAAGGUGCAACUUUGGAGCCCCUGUUUUGGUGGGGCUGUAGGUUUUGAUGUCAGGGUUAUAAAUUAUUUUAGGGGCUGCAGACUUUCAGGGGACUGUAGGUUGUAGGGGGAGGUCCAGCUUAAGAGGUUCUCUGUGGGGUGAUGUCAAUGCUGUACUUUUGGGGGCCCCCCAGCCCCCCUGCAGCAGCAGCGAGGCCUCAGCACGGGAGGAGGAGGAGGAGGAGGAGGAUGAGGAUGAGGAAGAUGAGGACGGGACGGGCUCGGAGGCCUCGGAGGAUGCGGGGCCCCCCCGGCAGCUGAAUGGGGAGGGCCGGGGGGGGGGCCCCCUGCGCCCCCCAGGGCAGCCGCCCCCCGAGCGGCCCCCCCAGCCCAAGGCCUGCGCCCCGGGGGAGGGGGGCUGCCAGCACAUGGCCCCCCUUAAAAAGGAGGGGGCCUUUGGGCAGCCCGACAGAGCAGUGUCCCCGGCGCUGGCAGGGGCAGAGCCAUCGGUGCCACUGUCCCCAGGCCGGCCGGGCCCCCAGGCUGCCGAGGGGGCCCCAUUCAGCUGCACGGCCGGGCGCAAGGACAAGGCCGUUGAUCCGGUGGAGUGGUCAGUGCGGGAUGUGGUUGAGUAUUUCACCGAGGCCGGCUUCCCUGAGCAGGCCGGGGCCUUCCAGGAGCAGGAGAUCGAUGGGAAGUCGCUGCUGCUGAUGCAGAGGGCCGAUGUGCUCACGGGGCUCUCCAUCCGCCUGGGCCCCGCGCUCAAGAUCUACGAGUACCAUGUGAAGCUGCUGCAGCGCAGCCACUUCCAGGAUGAGGAGCCCCCCACGGAGCCCUUCCCAGCCUGAGACCCUCCUCCCACAGACCCACGGGGGUGCCCCCAGACCCGUGGGGGCACCCCAGUGUCCGGGAGGGCUCCUCCCUCCCCCUGCUGCUGCACAGAGACUUUGGGGGGUGGGUGGGGGUCAGGGGUCCCACCCCUUUUUGGGGAGUCCCGCCUCUCUUUGGAGGGGUUCCCAUCCCUAUUUAAGGGGGGUCUUGCCUCUCUUUAAUGUUCCACCUCUAAUUUGGGGGGGGGUCCUACUCAUAGUUGAGGGGUUGCACCUCGCUUUGAGGGCGUCUCAUCUCUAUUUUGGUGGGGUCCCAUCUCUCUUUAGGGGGCUCCCACCCCUCUUUGGGGGUCCCACGUCUCUCUGGGGGAUCCUGCCCCUAUUUUGGGGGUCCCACCCCUCUUUGACAGGUCUCUCUUUUGGGGGGGCACUUUUCUGGGGGGACACCCCUCUUUUGAGGCAUUGCCUCCCUUUUGGGGGGUUCUCACCCC